AUGAUGGGAAAUCAUACAACAGUGACAAUGUUUAUCCUCCUAGGAUUGACAGAUGAUCCACAAUGGAAAAUUGUACUUUUUCUUUUUCUGUUCCUCACCUACAUAUUAAGUGUAGCUGGCAAUAUGACCAUCAUCCUUCUCACCUUGUUGGACCCCCAUCUCAAGACUCCCAUGUACUUCUUCCUUCGAAAUUUUUCUCUCCUAGAAAUUUCCUAUACAACAGUCUGCAUCCCUAAAUUUCUGGUUAGUAUUGCAACUGGGGACAAUACCAUCACCUAUAAUUGUUGUCUUACCCAGUUGUUUUUUGCCUUCCUUCUUGGGGCAUCUGAAUUUUAUCUUCUGGCUGCCAUGUCCUAUGACCGUUAUGUUGCCAUUUGUAAGCCUCUGCAUUACACAACCAUUAUGAACAGCAAAGUCUGCACCCAACUUGUUCUCAGCUCUUGGGUCUCUGGUUUCCUGAUUAUCUUUCCAGGUCUCAUUGUAGGCCUCCAACUGGAUUUCUGUGCCUCCAAUUCCAUUGAUCAUUUCUAUUGUGACACUGCUCCCAUGUUGCAGCUUUCCUGCACAGAUACACAGUUCCUUGAGCUCCUUAGCUUUAUUUUAGCUUUAGUGACACUCUUGGUUACUUUAGCAUUAGUAAUUCUAUCUUACUCCCUUAUUGUCCUGACAAUUAUAAGAAUUCCAUCUGCUACUCAGAGAAAAAAGGCAUUUUCUACCUGUUCCUCUCACAUGAUUGUCCUCUCCCUUUCUUAUGGCAGCUGUAUUUUUAUGUACAUUAAACCUUCGGCUAAGGAGAGAAUAUCUUUAACCAAAGGAAUAUCUUUACUUAAUACGUCAGUUGCCCCUUUAUUGAACCCUUUUAUUUAUACCUUAAGGAACCAGCAAGUAAAACAAGCCUUUAAAGAUGCAAUCCAAAAAACAGUACCUUUCUCAAGGAAAUAA